AUGGAAGAUUCUACUUCAUCUUCAAAGGUAGACACCGACAAGAAUCCAAUAAUAUUAUCCAUUCCGGUAUCAGAAGAAGAAACAAUACAAAGUUUCACCCAAGAACCACCACAAGACAAAGACAAAACUUCUAUCUUGAAGUCUCAUGUACUCAUAUCUUUCUCUAUUUCUAAUAAACUUCUAGCAUUUAAGGGUCUAUAUCAUACCCCAAAAUCGCGCCCUGCGAAGGUGAAGGAUUUUUCCCCUUGUUAUCUUCCAACAAUGCCCUUUGCGUUGGAACAACAUGCUUUGGACUUAAAAAUUUUAGAUCCUUCUGAACGUGUUUUUCAAUCAGCCUUUCCAUCUAACAACAAAGAAUUCAUUGUGUGGCUCGACAAAGUACAACUCCAACAAAAAGAAAAAUAG